AUGGCCACUAGCAGUCUCGUCGUCCUCACCGGUGCUACCGGCUUUGUGGGAUUCAAAACACUCAUCAUUGCGCUGAAAGCCGGAUACAACGUGCGCAUUGUGGUCCGCUCAGCUAGCAAGGGUGACAAAAUUCUUGAAGCGCGUUCUAUCAAGGCGUUGAAGCUCACUAGUGAGAUACUCUCCUACGUUGUUGUCCCAGAUAUCGCCGCUCCUGGCGCAUACGACGACGCUGUGAAAGAGGCCACUUACGUGGUUCAUUGCGCAUCUCCAAUCCCUAGCUUUGGUGAUGCGGCCCCUACUCCGGAGCUAUAUGAUGAGUUUUUCGUCCAAACUUCUCGCAAAGCCACUGUCGGUCUCCUAGAGAGCAUUCGCAAGGCUGGCACCGUUAAGCGGGUUGUCAUCACUAGCUCUAUUGCCGGCAACAUCCCCUUGAAGUACUUUGUUGGCCAUGGGGAUGACAAAGUUUUUGACGCCGAGAACCGCAUUGCUCUUGAUCCUGGCCCGUAUGGUAUCGAGUUCCAGGCCUAUAGCGCUAGCAAGGUUGCUGCUCUAAAUGCCUCGGAAGCCUGGAUGAAGGCGAACAACCCAAGUUUUGACUUAAUUAGCAUUCAUCCUGGAUGGGUUUUUGGUCGUGAUGAGCUAUGCACAACCACUGCUGACCUCGAGACUGGGUCUACUAACUCCGUCCUCUUGAGUUUGCUGAAGGGCUCCCAGUCCGAUGAGCCCUUGAUGGGCAACAUGUCUCUUGUGGACGACGUCGCUCAGGUGCACGUUAGCGCCCUUGAUCCUAAGAUUGAGGGUAACCAGGCUUUCGUUGUUAGCUCUAACGGUAUCAAUGGUGCAAUGUGGGAGGACGCCAUUGAAGUCGUCAAGAAGUACUUCCCUGAGGCCUUGGCCGAUGGGCGCUUGAAAAGCACCGGGAAGCAGCCAACGGCUGUUGUUCGGGUUGACGCCGGGAAGACUGAAAAGACCUUCUGUAUUCACCUGUCCAGCUUUGAGGAUCAGGUUAAGAGCCUGGCUAGCCAGUACCUCGAACUCACCAAGCCUUAA